AUGGGCGAUUCCGACGGGACCGCGCAUGGCAAGCUUAUUCCGGGAUUGCCUGACUCAGUUGUUCCAGCGGCGCCGGGCGGCAACGCUGGAUUCAAAAUCCCGGGCAUGACAGCCGACACAGUGAUCAGGGAGACCCCUGCCGUGAAGGACACCCCGGGCCGCGUGAUCCUUAGUGGUUACUACCGUGGCAGCUUCGUUUGCGGCCACCGGAAGCUCACCGACCAGAGCCAGCAGUGCAGCGCCAUCAUGAAGAACCAAGCGCACAACAUUCGUUCGCAUGUUUCCAAGCAGCACAACGGCAACUCGGCGUACCAGCGCCACGCAACCGCGGACAUGAGCGGAGGUCUGCCUUGCGGCGAAGUGGACUGCAACCAGACGUUCAGCAACCGGCACAACCUUAUCCGCCACCUUCGCGAGGUACAUCGCCUUCGCAACAUCAAGGGACAGCCCAAGCAAUACUAA